AUAACGAGUAAGCUUUAUGUACAUAUCUGUACUUGAUAUUCGAGAGAAUAAAAGAGAAGUAUUCUCCUCGGGCUAAAACAGUUUGUUUUUCAGUGGAUAAGGCAAGCAUGGGCAAAAAUAACGACUUACCAGCCAUUCCGGCUUUGCCCUCGGGUGGUAAUUGGUUAAAGUCUGACCCCAAAUAUGAGAGCAAUGAGUUUGUGUCAGAUGCGGAUUGGGAGGAAAUAAAUUCCAAAGAUGGGAGGGCAAAGCCCGCGGAUGAAAGGCUCCAAAAGGCCCUUGAAGACAUCAACAAGCAAAAUGAGGCCUACAGAAAUCGAAAAUUCCUUUUUUAUUGUCGCCCAUCCAAUAUUGAUCUUUUGGCGCAACAAACUAGGCUUGCAGGGUUCAAAGGUAAAAGUCAAAGCGGUCCCACUAUGUUUGGAAGUGGGAAACCAACUUCCAAUGACACAACAUUAAAGGAUUACUUGGAAGGUCUUGAGCAAAAGCGAAAAGAAGGAGGAGGCAUUCCAGACGAGUUCCAUACUGAAAGAAAAUUCCUGACGGCAGUGAGGGAUCAAGGGGAGUGCCGUUGUUGUGCCGUGUUUGCUUCAGUGGCCGCCAUUGAGACAGCCUUCCUCAUUGCAAAUCCAAAUUUGGACAAUGACUUGCAUUUGUCGGAGCAAGCACUCUUAAAUUCUGCCCGUUCAGACGACAAUGACCAUGGUUGUGACGGAACCUCGUCUUUGGAUACCUACCUCAAGAGUGUCAUCGAAAAGUGUGGAGGCCAAUUACCUUUAGCGAAGGAUGUUCCUUAUAAAGCAAAGCAGGAAAACACAGAUGAUAAAACAAUGCCCGACAAUUACGAUUCAGGAGUCAAGGUCACGGAUUACUACUAUUUCAAGAAAGAAUUGACGGAUGACCAAAUGAAAGUCCUGCUUUUAAAGCAUGGCUCUGUUGUUGUGGCCAUUCAAUACGGUGAUGAAAAUUCCCACCUCCGAAAUUCAUUGCGACUUUUCGGCAAAGGGAUCAUGGAUUAUUCUGCAUUUGCCACACCAGAGUCCGGCGAAAUGAUGGCAGUCACUCUCAUUGGAUAUGGGAUACAUGAAGGCACUCCUUUUUGGAAGAUCAAAAACUCUUGGGGUUCCGAGUGGGGAAAUAAGGGCUACAUGAAAAUAAAGCAAGGAAGGGAAUGCAGUGCCAUCACAAAGUGUGCAAUGGUACCGAUUGUGGAACAAACCCUGGCAAAUUGUGUGCCUGGGAGGAUUGUCCAAUGACCCUGUCCACCGUCUUGAAUGGAUUAUCUGCCAAUAAAGCGAGUUCAUUGCUUACCUUAAACGAAAUUGAUAUGCAUGCCUUCAAAUACUAAAAUUAUUUGCAUUGCGACCCUGGGUUAUUUCAUGAUUGUAGACAAACCCUGUCCCAAAAUAAUCUUUUGGGAAGCAAUGCUUAUGUUUUUGUCUUCAUUAAUGUAAUAAGGUCGAAGUUUGGACCCUUGUAAUCCAUAAACAUAUUUCCAACCGUGUUUGCUUCCUUCUCGUUGUUCCGCUAAAUAAAGCAGUUUUAUCAAAUUA